UUCCUUAGCGCAAUAAUAUAACAACAGAAAGAUAGCUUAUUUUAAGAUGACUCACCCUAGUUCGUUUUCUGGAACGAGAAGUGGUUGCUUAGUAACUGGAAACGUCUCGUGCGCGGUAUGGUUGUCAAAACACGGUUUUAUUCAAAGUUAAGGUCAUAUCCAUCGUUUCUCCAUGAUGUUUUUCACGCAACUAUUUACGUCCAAACGGGGCUCUUUAGCCAAAAUUUGGCUGGCAGCGCACUGGGAGAAGAAACUGACAAAGGCCCAUGUGUUUGAUUGCAACUUGGAAACAACCAUCAGAGACAUCCUUUCCGAUAAAAUGAAAAUUGGUUUGAGGACUUCUGGUCAUCUGCUCCUUGGUGUGGUCAAAAUCUACUCCAGGAAGACAAAGUACCUCCUUGCAGACUGCAGCGAUGCCCUGGUCAAAAUUAAAAUGGCAUUCAGGCCAGGUCAAACUGAUCUGCCUGCAGAAGGGCUUGAGGCAACUUUGAAAGCUAUUACUCUGGUUGAAGACUUUACUGCCUUUGAUACCCCGCUGCCUCUCCCCAGUGACUUUGAUGUUGUGGACCACUUGUCGCUGAACCAGUGUCGAUCAGAGCAAAUUACUCUGAAAGAGGAUUUUGGGCAUCAGUUUUUGAACUUCCAAGACAUCGGAGGAGAUGGGUCACAGAGCCAAGCAAAUACACUGCUGGACAGAAGCUUUGACAGCUUUGGACCACAUGGAGACGGAUUUGGAGAUGAGGAGAAUGGAUUCGACCUACUUGACUUCCUGUCAAACGCCAGUGAUCCGACCGAGCCCACAAACUUCGUCUUGGAAGAGCCACCACAUGAAAAUAAUAAGAGUUCUACAAUAAACGAUGAUCAACAUCAAAUGGAUUUUGACAGCAGAGAUCCCGAGGCUCCUACAAUAAAUGAGACCACGCUGCUCACCAGUGAUGAGGCUGCUUUCGCUUUAGAACCUGUUCCCAUCACACCAAACUCUGAAAGUAAGAUGGGUAAGAGGAAACGUAAACUGGUGGUGGACCAGACUAAGGAACUGAGCAACGAAUCCAUCAAAGAGCAGAUCUCGGAUUAUUCAGAUCUGGUUGCUCCGUUGGACAUGGCCCCACCGACUGUGCAGCUCAUGCAGUGGAAGGAGAGUGGAGGUGUCGACAAACUCUUCUCAACACCAUGUUCUACUGUGGUGAAUACACAGAUAAAAGAGCUCUUUGCCAAAAGUGUCUUCCAGGUAAAAUAUUACUGCAUAAGGGGGGAGGUUGAACAAAUACGCCAAGAGGAACACGAAGCUCAGAGGGACCUUAGCACCCUCACCACGGACAUCAGUGUUGCAGAUUCAUCUUUGGGCACUGAACAAACACACAACACUGAGCCAAAAGCCCUUGACCUCAUGAAGGACAACUGGGAGACCUAUUCUGAGGCCCCCCAAGAUGAAAACAGUGUAGAGUUCUCACAUCCAGACCUGCCAUCAGAGGACUCCAUGUUUGUUCAUCCCUCUAAUGUGGAGCAAUGCACUCAGUCAACUUCUCUCUACACCCAGUCUCUACUUGGCAGCCAGGACUUUGAGGAGAGGAGAAUAACCAGGAGAGCACUGAAACUUCUGAAUGAGCUUAAAGUGUACGUGUCUGUAUGUGUCCACAGCGGAGCCAGACCGUCAGAGACCCUGCGUUCAGCCUGGAGGUGCUCUGUGAAGGAAGCACUCGAUCACAAGCUGCAAACACUUUCUUCUCCCUCCUGGUACUGAAAAAACAACAAAUCGUCCUGCUGCACCAGACCGCCCCCUACCACGACAUCUCUGUGACUCCUGGGCCCAAAUACUACACUUAAAAAGUCAUUACAGUUCAAAGUUUGUGGUGGAUUCAUUGAUAUGUUGCAGUCCACAGGAUCUGCCUCGUGCUGAAUGAGGGCACGUUUGUGUUAUGAUGCCACUGUAGGCAUACUAGCAAGUUCGGGUCUAGAAAUUAUCACAUGCUUGAACACAACAAGGAUUUCUGUUGUAUGAAACUCAUUUAUUUAAAUAUUGUUUUAUUUGUAUUUGUGUGUUACUUGUAUCUUUUAUCAGCUGCAGUUUUUUUAUAUUCCCACAUGUUCAGCUCAUGUUUUGUUUAAAGUAGCAUCUAAAAUGUCACCUGCAUGUGAGAGCAUCUCCAUCAAAAGCAUUCAAUUCAAAUAAUUCUUAAACCUGUGAAGUUUAUUGACACCAUUUUGUGACAUUUGAUCGUAAUAAAAUAAAUGCGUAAAUGGU